UUGGAUUUACUGUGUACGAAACGACAAGAAAUAAUUUACGAUAUUUUCAAUUGGUCUUCAAAUGAGGAAAGUGGAGUGAGUGUGUUGGCGAUUGCAAAUACGUUGGAUUUACCCGAGCGCAUUUUGUCAAGACGUGUUGGGAGUAGAUUGGGCCUGAAUCGAUUGUGUUUCCAACCGUAUGAUCAUGACCAGAUUGCAUUCAUUAUUCGAAACCGACUUUCUGGAUCAUCGGCUGUUCAAGAGGAUGCGUUGGAAUUUGCGAGUCGUAAAGUCGCUUCGGUAUCAGGUGAUCUUCGUAAAGCGUUGGAUAUUCUAAGGCGUGCAACACAAUUGGCAAUUAAUUACAAGGCGAAACAGCUGACCAUGAAACAUGUACAAGAUGCUGUGAAAGAAGCUUCAACAACGGCUAGUGUUGACUUGGUGCAUUCAUUGUCACGACAUUCUUUGAUGAUCCUUCGUUCGGCUUUAGCAGAACAAAUUAGUUGUGGUUUGGACGAGUUUCUCUUUAGUGACCUUUUGAAGCAGUAUCGGUUACAGUGUCAUGUGCAGCAUAUUGAUCCACUUCCAGUGAGUUCGGUGUAUGGAAAUGCAAUGGAAAUGUGCACGUAA